AUGGGGUUUUUUAUUUGUGCUCAGAAGGUUCUUUUGAUUAGUGCUCAGAAGGACAACAGAAUGCAGUUCCAAAGAAGUGGAAUACUCACUACACUUUGCGAUCACUCCUUUCAAUGCCCUUGUGUUUCAAAGUGGACAUACUUGUCUUGCCCGAUUUUGGAUGAAUACAACCGUCUUCUAACAUCUCAGUUGGAAACUCAUAGACAAAACAUACUUCAUGAUUCGGAUGACAAAGAAUGCUUGAAGAUAUUAAAGAAUUGCUGGAAGGCUAUACACCGAAUGAUGGGGUGGACAAAGUUCUUCCUGCAGUGCUAGAGCAGACAGAUAUUG